GAUUUGCAUACAGUCUGGCUUCCGGUCCGGGUUCGGCUCACGCUCCUUGUGCCGUUCGCCUUCGAACGUGAGCGGGUGUUAGACACUCUUGAGAUCACACAACUUGCACUCGGGAACACCAGACCCCACCAUUCCGCCUUGCUGCCGAAUUCCGGAAUCCGUCGGGCAAGGCAGAGAAUCACCAUCAGUUCUUGUUCAUGCCCGCCAGCAAUUAUUGCUCAUCUUGUUUCCAUCCGAUCAGGAUGGUUCCCCCAUUACUGGCACUCUUGUUCAUUGGCUCUGUUUCCACCCACAAAGUUCGGACGCACACAUGGGUACGUCAUGUCCGAUCUUUUCAUGCCUGCCCUCAGCCUCAUGCCGUGAUAAUUCAACGAGAAUCAGUAGUCGAUCCCCCAAACGUACGACACUUGGAAUGCGCAGUCAUCCAUCGUCUUUUCAACUGGUCGAGACCGGACGUGAUUACCUCGUGGACAAGGACCCUCUUUUCUUCAUAUGCAACCCGAACUUUUACUACAAGAUGUUGAAUAUUAAUUCGGAUUGCUUCCCCCGUUUCAUAAGUUCAUAGUAAGCCACAACUUCUGAUGAGCAGUGAUUGGCCAACUUCGU